AUCUGCGUAAUACACGCAAUCAAUAUAAAAUUUAUACAACUCGACAAAAAUGGAAACAGAGAAACCUCGUGAGAAAACUGCAGCCGAAAAGCUGGCUGAGCGUAAGGCUCGUUUGCGUGAAUUGCACAAACAGCGACAGGAGGCACGUACGCAGAAUAAUCAUGAAGUUAUUGCUGAGGAUGCCCGCAAAAAGUUACCCAACAACUGGGAAGCGCGUAGACGUCAAGCAGAAUGGCUGAUAGCAGAUGAAAAGGCACGGGAGGAGGCCACACAGCAAGGAAAGGAUUAUGACCGCUUAAAGUUAUUGUCUGUAUCAGCAGUUGAUGCUGAGCGUAUUGAAAAGAAGAAACGUAAACAGAAUCCCGAUUUAGGUUUCUCCACAUUCGAAGCACAGACAGCACGUCAAUACAAUCGUUUGGUUAAGAAUCUACCACCACGCGAUAUGGCCAAAUAUGAACAGCAGAAAGAGGAGUUAGGUGAAGCAUUUUAUGGUGGACCCAAUACUAUUUUGCAAGGUUUAGUUAAGGAUAAGAAAUCUUCAAUCGACAACAUGGCCAAAGAUCUGGAACAACAAAUCGAACGUAGAAAGAAAUAUUCACGUAGACGUACUUAUAACGAUGAUGCCGAUGUCGACUUUAUUAAUGAGCGCAACUCUAAAUUCAACAAAAAACUACAUCGUUUUUAUGGCGAACAUACAGCGGAGAUCAAGCAGAAUUUGGAACGUGGUACUGCAAUAUAAGCAUAUUAAAUCCUUUAAGCAGAUGCAAUCAUGCUUUAAACUGUCAUUAGCUGUAGGCUUAAUAACU